UAAAUUUGUUAACACCCCAACAUCGCAUUAAUUGCUUAGUAAAUACAAUUUUAUUUGCAAAGAUCAAUUGGCUGAUGCUCAGUAGCAGUCUGUCAUCGUCAGAAGCCGACUAAGAAACCUGAGGAGAAGAAGAUCUAUACAUAAUGGCUAGGCAAGAAUUGCAAGUGCUGAAUGCACUUGAUGUUGCGAAGACUCAGCUUUAUCAUUUCACUGCAAUUUUGAUUGCAGGAAUGGGAUUCUUCACAGAUGCUUAUGAUCUGUUUAGUAUUUCCCUUGUCACAAAGUUGUUGGGGCGUAUAUAUUACUAUCAUCCCGGUUCAACAAGGCCUGGAUCAUUACCACCAAAAGUAUCAUCCUCUGUGACUGGUGUUGCCCUUGUUGGAACCUUAGCUGGCCAGCUUUUCUUUGGUUUCCUUGGGGACAAAUUGGGUAGGAAGAAAGUUUAUGGGAUCACCUUGAUUCUAAUGGUUGUUUGUUCACUUGCUUCAGGGCUUUCAUUUGGGAAUAGCCCGAAAGGCGUAAUGGCCACCUUAUGUUUCUUCAGGUUCUGGCUUGGAUUUGGCAUUGGUGGUGAUUACCCUCUUUCAGCCACAAUUAUGUCUGAAUAUGCAAACAAGAAAACUCGUGGCGCUUUUGUGGCUGCGGUCUUUGCCAUGCAAGGAUUUGGAAUAUUGUUUAGUGGUAUCAUCUCAUUGAUUGUGUCUUCAGCUUUUGAUCACCAUUAUAAAGCUCCAACUUAUGAGCAAGAUCCUGCUGGCUCAACUGUGCCUCAAGCUGAUUAUGUUUGGAGAAUUAUAUUGAUGUUUGGAGCUUUACCAGCUGCUUUAACCUUCUAUUGGCGUAUGAAGAUGCCUGAAACAGCCCGUUACACAGCCCUAGUGGCGAAAAACGCCAAGCAAGCAGCCAGUGACAUGGGUAAGGUUUUGCAGGUUGACCUUGAUCCUGAGGAGGAAAAGAUUAAGAGGUUGGCUCAGAAGAAGGAGAACACUUUUGGCCUGUUUUCUUGGGAAUUCGCUCGUCGUCAUGGUCUCCACUUGUUUGGAACCACAUCUACAUGGUUCUUGUUGGACAUUGCUUUUUACAGCCAAAAUCUUUUCCAAAAAGAUGUUUUCUCUGCCAUUGGAUGGAUUCCACCGGCCAAAACAAUGAAUGCAGUCCAUGAGGUUUACAGAAUUGCAAAGGCUCAAACUUUAAUUGCCUUGUGCAGUACAGUUCCAGGAUACUGGUUUACUGUGGUCUUCAUUGACAUAAUUGGAAGAUUUGCUAUCCAAUUGAUGGGCUUCUUCUUCAUGACAGUUUUCAUGUUUGCAGUUGCCAUUCCUUACCAUCACUGGACUCUCAGAGAAAACCGGAUUGGAUUCGUGGUGAUGUACUCUUUGACAUUCUUCUUUGCGAAUUUCGGGCCUAAUGCUACUACAUUUGUCGUUCCAGCUGAAAUUUUCCCUGCAAGGCUCAGGUCAACAUGCCAUGGAAUAUCUGCGGCAGCAGGAAAGGCAGGAGCCAUUGUUGGGGCUUAUGGUUUCCUUUAUGCAGCGCAAAACAAAGAUCCUGCCAAAACAGAUCCAGGUUAUCCUGCAGGCAUCGGUGUAAAGAAUUCCCUUAUAGCUCUUGGCUGCAUUAAUGCAGUAGGAAUGAUAUGCACUUUCUUCGUGCCUGAGGCGAAAGGGAAGACACUUGAGGAGGCAUCACAAGAAAACGUUGCCGAUGAUGAGACUGAGAUGGCCUAGUCUGAUGUUUGAUUACAUAAGAAUUGUGCAGACUACUCUUUGGUUCAUUGUUCAAAUUUAAAACCCUCUGUUACCAUUCAUUUCCUUUCUUCUGUUUCCCUGCGUGGAAAUACCUUUAUGUUAUUUUGGUGUGGGAUUUUUGGACUUAUUUGUCUAAGUUACUACCUAUGCAUUCAUAUACUCUAUGAAUGCUGAUUUUCUUUUAUCGUGUUCCAUAAUACAAGUGUAUCGUUUUCCCUUCUAAAGCUUCUAUCUUUCGCAAUUCGACUUUCGCCUCAGGGUGACAGUCUACUUUGUAAUUACUUUUGUAGUCCCAAAAGAUAGUCCUUUUAAAGGACAUCACUUCUGCCUCCA